AUGUCUUUUAGUACUAACAAAAAAGUUCCUUUGAGCUUGAGAUUUAAUCUUUUGAUUACUGUUUUAGAACUCAUUCAAAGAUAUAAUUCAAAGUUGUCUACACUGGCUCUACCGUCAGUCAUCUUCGAGCCUAAGUUUAAGGGAUCUGUACGUAACCUCGUGUACUCGGAUUUGCCUGGACAACCUCCGCGAAGACAAGAACUGCGACACUCGCGAGAUUUAAAGAGCUCUCGAAUAACAAAUGCCAGUGGAGACGCAUGCGAGCGUCGUGACCCUUGUCAGCAUGGAGGAGUCUGCAUCAGCACUGACGAUGGACCGAUUUGCGAAUGCCGGGAUGGAGACUACGAGGGAGCGUUUUGUGAAAGAGAUAAGGCACCAUCAGAAGCAACUUUCCGAGGCGCUGAGUUCCUCUCGUACGACUUGACUCAAACUGGUGGAGAACCUAUCGUCAGUACGCAGGACGCCAUCUCCCUAUAUUUCAAGACGCGACAACCAAAUGGACUCCUCUUUUACACUGGCCACGAAGCUGAUUACCUGAACUUAGCAGUAAGGGAUGGGGGUCUUUCUCUCACAAUGGGUCUUGGUAAUGGAAAGCAGGAGAUGCACAUAAAGCCUUCAAAAACCCGCUUCGAUGAUCAUCAAUGGCAUAAACUAACCGUUAGGAGGAGAAUCCAAGAGAUUACGCCGUUCACGAGCUUUUGCAGGGUCUCAGCAGUUGUGGACGACGUUUAUUCUGAACAUUCACACGUAGCUGGCUCCUUCACAAUGCUCGCCAGUUCCAGAGCCCAUGUUGGGGGUUCAUUGAAUGCUAGGGCUUUGCCCGGCGCUAGAGUACAUACUAACUUUAUUGGAUGUCUUAAAAAGGUGGAGUUUUCAGCAGACACUCUACGACUCAAUCUGAUAGACCUAGCACGAACUGGAAGUAAAUUAAUUGCGGUUACGGGAAGACUCGAAUACACUUGUACCGCUACUGACUCUGCCGAUCCUGUGACAUUUACUACUAGAGAUGCGCAUUUGAUUUUACCAAAAUGGGAAGCAGUAAAGACCGGUACAAUAUCAUUCAAGUUUCGAACGAACGAACCUAACGGACUGAUUCUCUUCAACAUGGGCGCGAAGCCACCAAGGGUAGGUUGCACGGCGGAUCUUUUUGCUGUGGAGAUCCUCAAUGGAUACACAUACGUUCAUGUCGAUCUUGGUUCUGGUGGGGUGAGGGUCAGGGCCUCUAGAAGAAGAGUAGAUGAUUCUCAUUGGCACGAGUUUCUGCUUAGAAGAACCGGUAGAGAUGGAAGGGUUACUGUUGAUGGAGCUAAUGCUGAAUUUAAAACGCCUGGUGAGUCAAAUCAACUAGAGCUAGAUGGGCCGCUCUUCGUUGGAGGUCUGGGUUCGGAGUACUCAGCAUCCAGGACCCCAGCAGCGCUGUGGACGGCAGCAUUACGACAAGGCUUUGUUGGAUGUAUACGUGAUUUGGUAUUGAAUGGGAAACCUCAGGAUUUGACUGCUUACGCUAGACAACAGGAUUCUGCAUCAGUUCGACCCGCGUGUCAUGUACUAAUGAAGCAAUGUGUGAGCUCCCCUUGCCAGCACGGUGGCAUAUGCUCUGAAGGCUGGAACCGUCCGCUUUGCGAUUGUUCCGCUACAAACUAUGGUGGCCCAACUUGUGGACGAGAAUCACCUACAAUUUUCCUUAAUGGAAGUCAACACCUCACAGCCGCACUCGGGCCUGAACAUGUGACUCAAACGGAGGAGCUCUUAUUAAGAUUCCGAACAACCAAAGCUGGACUAUUACUGCGUACUGCUUCAGAGCACUCUGCAGAUAGAAUUGAACUAGCUGUCGCUGCGGGACGAGUCAGGGCAAGUGUUAGAUUAGGUGAUAGAGAGAAGAACCUUCUCGCUGGUACCAACGUCGCGGAUGAUAAGUGGCAUACAGUGCGCUUCUCGCGCCGCGCCUCAAACCUCAAGCUGCAGGUAGACGGAGGGCAGCCAGUCCGCGGUACGUUAUCUGAAACAAUUCUAGGGAAAACAUCUACUUUAGAAAUUUCCACUUUACAUUUGGGAGGACUUUAUCAUCCUGAGGAAGAAAUUCAGAUGACGUCUACGUUACCAAAUUUUGUAGGAUAUCUACAAAAGUUUAUUUUUAAUGGCAUAAAAUAUAUAGAUAUGGCAAAAACUCUUGGGAUUGGUACCAACGAUGAAAGUAAUAAUAUUUACGAUACGUCCAAUAUAAUAUUUAAUGGAAAAUUUAUAAAGCCAGAUUCCCUAAAUGUUUAUAAGUCAGUGACUUUCAAAUCAAAGCAUACAUACGUAGGAUUGCCAUUGCUAAAAGCGUAUGGAAAUACGUACUUGGAUUUUUAUUUCCGAACCACUGAAAUGGAUGGACUUUUGUUCUAUAAUAGUGGAAAGAAACAAGAUUUUAUAGCUGUAGAAUUAGUCAAUGGUCACAUACAUUGUGUUUUUAAUUUGGGAGAUGGAGUCGUAACAAUGAAGGAUAAAUUAAAGACUUACUUAAAUGAUAACAGAUGGCAUACAGUGUCAAUAAGGCGCCCUACUCCUAAAGUUCAUACUAUGCAAGUUGAUGAAGAUUUAGAAAUGCAUACAACAAGUUCAAACUUAAUGUUAGAGUUAGAUAGCGUGCUUUAUGUGGGUGGAGUUCCUAAGGAUAUGUACACAUCAUUACCUGUGGGAGUGCUAUCAAGGCAAGGAUUUGAAGGGUGUAUGUCAAGUUUAGACCUACCCGGGGAGUCCCCCUCGUUAAUGGAAGAUGCUGUUGUUCCUAGUUCUUCAUUAAUGUCAGGAUGUGAAGGUCCAACGAAAUGUACUCACAAUGCGUGUGCGAAUAAAGGCGUCUGUGUGCAACAGUGGAAUACGUAUGUGUGCGAUUGCGACCUUACAUCAUUUACUGGACCUACAUGUUAUGACGAGUCUAUCGCCUACGAGUUUGGUCCCGGUCGAGGUAUACUCACAUACACAUUCCCGCCCAGCGCAGUCGCUGAUACUGAGACUGAUAAAGUAGCUGUUGGUUUUGUUACCAGCAAAUCAGAUGCUGUGCUACUGAGGAUUGAAUCGUCGAAUACUCAAGAUUAUAUGCAAAUGGAGAUUAUUCGUGGUAACCUCUUCAUGGUUUACAAUGUCGGUGAUGGUGAUCAUCCACUAGGUGAUGAAGCAGCAAGGGUAGAUGAUGGAGCAUACCAUGUGGCUCGGUUCACGAGGAACGGUAGUCGCGCCGCUUUGCAACUAGAUAAUUAUGCAGUGAAUAUUCGACACCCACAAGGUGGUCAACAAUCAACAAUAUUCAAUAGCAUGUCGCGCAUUACUGUCGGUGGCGGUGGUGGUGGUGGGAGGUCUUUUAGUGGUGUGGUGGCUGGGCUAGUUGUUAAUGGGGCACGUUUGCUAGAUCUAGCUGCUGCUGCUGACCCUUCUGCCGCAUUAAGAGGAGAUGUAAGGAGAGCGCACACUCCAUUGGACAGAGAUAUUAAUAGGAUGCAGCAGACUCCACCAUCAGGGUAUGGAGGUCCAGGAGUUUUAGAUGAGCUGGUAUACUCUGGUGCAGGAUCUGGAUGUAGAGAUGAUGAUGAAGACGCAUGUGUUCUACCUGAUGCUGGCUCUGGUGAUGAUCUGAUCACCCCUGUUUAUGUACCAUCUACGAGACGACCUCCUUCUAAAAUACAUAAGGGAGAUGUCAGCGGUAAGCUGAUGAAGCCAUGUGAUGAUGAAGACUGCAUAGAAGGUUCUGGCUCCAGUGGUGAAGAUAUUACCGAGCCAGACCAUCAUAUGACUACUUCUGGUGUCAGCAGCACACACGCAAUGACAUCGCCCACCGCAUCGAUAUCGACUGAACAUGUUGCCAAAACUAUACCAGGAUCAACUGACAGUGGUACAGAUGCCACUGGUACCACCAAAAGUGACACCACUUUACCCGACCACGACAAUAUUAUGCAUGCUGGUACUAUCGAUACUGGAACUACACCUGAUAGAGGGACUACACCUACUGAUGAUCGAUCCCAUCCCGGACAUUUCACACCAACAAUGACAGGAAAACAUACAGAAUCAACACAAACCACCGAAGAAGAACAUAUACCGGAUUACGAUGAGAAGCACAACGAGAUCGAAACUAAAUCUCCAACAUAUGAAAUAGAGGAGCACGACAGAGGCCCAAGAAUACAUCCAGAUUAUAACGGAUUUGAAAACGAGAUAACGACUAAGUGGUACAACCCUAAGACUACUGAUAGUAGGGUUGUGCCACCUGAAUCUGAGUUCUUUGCGACAAUUGUUGGUAUCGUAGCUUCAGUGCUCAUCGCAAUAAUCCUGAUAGUGAUCAUCGUGUUGAAGUUGGUGUUCCGCCUCGACCCUUCAUACAAGGUGACGGAAGACAAGAGUUACCAGCAGAGCGCCAGCGCGGCUCUACUGGGCAACCAGGCCCACUCGAGUUAUCAAAGCGCUACAAGCGCUCCUGGCAGUGCUUCACGCAACCUCCAGCCGUUACCUCUCAACAGGAACGGUGCGACGCCCCUCGCGCCGCCGCAACCCGUCAAGCGGGAUGGUAUUAAGGAGUGGUAUGUU